AUUCCGUUGUGCUUUCCGUUCGGCAUAGGUGUUGUGUUGAGUCGCAAAAACAUUUUCGCUGUGUAAAAUACUAAAAAGCGUCCGAAUUUUCGGAUAAAAACGAUUGCAAAUAGUAAUUAACAGUGCACCAAUAAUGGCCGUUCCAGCGCCAACCGGAUUAGAUGUAACGGAACUAAAGUUUACCCUUCAAAACAAAGUUCCAAUUUUCAACGGAGAUGGGAACGUAAAGGACAGCUGUAGCUUGCUAGCAGCGGCUAGUGUUCACGGGCUGAUAUUUGCCGGUACGACUGGGCCGCAGUUGAAAGUUUUACAGCUGAAAGACAUUACGCCGGAUAAGGUAAUUGACGAAGUAGUACCGCUGCGAACGGUUCCCCUCCCGUCGGAGCCAUUGCAAUUGGCGAUAAGUUCGGACCAUGGAUUUCUGGCAGUCGACGUUGUCAAUGGCGGUGUUCCGAUAAUUCAGAUAUAUUCGGUCCCGUCGUUCCUAACGCCAUCGAUUGUAAAGUUACAUGAGAUAAGGACAUCGCCGGAAGGCGGAGUAAGGAGUACUCAGAUACUGUGGAAUCCCGUCAUUCACAACAUGUUUUCCGUACGAACAGCGAACGGAGCUUUGUCGAUGUACACACUAAAGGAACCCAGUGGAAUUGAGUUCCAUUCAUUGGAUAAGAGCGAGGGAGCGAUUUGUGCUUGCUGGAGCCCCAAGGGUAAACAAUUGGUGGUCGGGUUUGCAAACGGGAAACUGAUGCAGUACAAGCCGGAUCUCAAACCCGCUAGGACCAUCGCUUGCCCUCCGGGAGUGAUGGAAGGCCCGUUCGAUGUGAUAGCCGUGCAAUGGCUAUCCACAUAUCAGUUUGCAGCUGUUUACCUGCCGCACGCUGAAGAUAGUGUCCCAUCUCUGUUUAUAGUAAAUGCCCCCAAAGCAGGAAACCCAACAUUUGUCAACUAUGAUGACAUAUGUUACAGUCAAAGUGGUCCUAGACGUGGCCAAGUGUUUCUCAUCCACAUUUUGCAAUGGAAUUUACUGUUGAUGGCAUCGGCAAAUAGCAUGGAAGUUGGCAUUUUAGGAACGACUGAAUCGGGAGAGACACCAACAUGGAGUCAGUGGACUACGACGGACGAAGCACGAGCAGAAUUGCCAUUGUCAUCAGACAAACAGGAAACAUUGCCAAUUGGAUUUUCUCUUGAAACGGGAUGCACUCACGAAAUAACCAUUUCAGAGCAAACAAUUCCGGUUAUGCCGAUGAUUCAUCUUCUUUCUACCUACGGUCUAUUGGUAUCCUUCAACGUACUAAAUCUUGUGCCCAACAUUCCGAAAAUCUGCAGUCCGCCAAGACCAGUGACCGAUACAUCGGGAAAAUUUGAAAUCAGUACAAGUAAGCAACCUACUAUUCCGGUGGUCCCUCCAGCUCAGCCUUCGGCAGAAAUCACCUUCACCGUUCCAACGGGAGCUACAUCGACUCCAGCUAUCGCUAAAACAAAGUCUUUUUUCAAUCCAAGUGAGAACAAAUCUCCUGUUAACCUAUUCGGUGUUCCGAGUGCAGGAUCUGCUGCUGCUGCUGCUCCUGCGGCAGUGGCUCCAACAUUUGGCAAGCAGAUAACAUUCGGUUCGAUAGCGGCCCCAUCCACCGAAACAGCCAAGACCAGUCCGUUCGGCGGUGGAAGUUCGGUGUCGUCAUUUGGUAUCCCAUCCAAACCAUUUGCACCAACUACAACAACAACAGCAACAGUUCAACCAAGUCAACCAUCGCUACUGAAAACGGCUCUUGGUCAGCAUCAGCUAGCUCCGCAGCAACAACAACAAAAGACAGCAAGCGAUGCCUCUAAGCCGUUUAUCACUGUGCCACCUACGUACACACCUCCACCUCCGGUUGAGGCGAGUCGUUCGAAUUCAAUGGAAAGUAUUUCCAAGCCUUCGCAAAAACAACUUCAAAGAAAGCAAGAAUCAACAGAGGACACCAACUCCAUCAUCCGCGCGAUGAUCUCCGAAGAGAUUCGCAAAUUUGAGAAAGAACUGAUCGACCUCAAAAUGCGUUGCACGGAUUUGAACACCACCAUCGGUUUUAAGGAGGAAUCUACCACCAUCAUCAAAGACUUGAAGGAACUGCAGGAUCUCAGCAUACAGGCUGCGGAGAGCACCGAAUCUUUAACAUCGGAUGUGCAAGCCUUGCGUUUGGGUCUAAACGAAGCAUUCGCCAUGGUAGCCGAAGCCAACAGCAAGAACGCCAUCUACAAGCAUCCCAGCCCAAAUCAGUUCCAGGAGACGCAUGCCAUGUCCCAAUCAAGUCGCCGCCAGUUAGCCAGUCUGCAGAACAUGCUCGCCGUAAACGAGAACCAGCUGCACAUCGUCAACAAACAGAUCGACGCCCAGUGGUCCGCAAUCCAAGAAGCGAAUCGAAACAACUCCAGGAGGCGAAUGCAUGUGCCCAGUUUGGAAGUGUUGUACCAAACACUUACCAAGCAGCAGGAGAUUCUGAAUAGGCAAAAGGAGAAACUAAGUUACAUCAAGACCAAAGUUGGUAUGCGAGAGAGCAUACGAGGAUUGGAGAAGGAUCGCAAGAAAAAUCUGACUACGGUAGACAACGUAGAUUCCUUGACUGACUCGAUAGUUUCGAUGUCGAUUGUCGAUCAGGUGCGGGAGGAUGCUCGCCGUUUGAGUGAGGCAAAGAUGAGCUCCUUUAGGAACAUGCUGAAGAACCGAAUGGUGGUCACUAUAAAACCGAGACGUCCGGAUCGAAUUGGUUUGAACUCAGAGGUUGUUCGUGAGCGUCGGAAUGAUGUUCGUCGGAUAAACUCGGAGAGGAUGAAAGUGGAACCAACUGUAAUUACAAAGCCAGUGGCACCGACUAAGAAGGUAGAAGAAAAAGCUGAAGUGCAACCUAAAGUUACUCAACCGGUCGUUGUUAUUGCACCGACAAAACCUGCUGUAAAAGAACCUACAAAGGUGUUGGAUCUUCCGAAAGCCACAGGUGCGCCUAAUUUUGGAGUGAAACCUACGGUUGUAACAGUCCAAAAUACUACGAAAACUACACCAUUCGGUUUUGCAUCAACAUCUCAAACUUCUACAACCCCAGCAGUAACUAAACCAACUCCGACAAUGUUCGGAGUUCCAGCAACAGCCACAUCGUCAUCUGUGUUUAGUUUUGGACAAACCACGGUACAACCCAUUGAACAAACCUUAGCUUCAAAGGACGUGCCCAUAACGAAAGAGACAACGCUGUUCGGAAACACUACCAUCAAACCGAUCACUGCUGCAUCGACGACCUUUAUUAAAGACAAGGAAAAUCAAGAACCUACUUCGAAACCCGCAGUCUUCGGAUUCGGCAGCACCACAAUCCAGGCGGUCGCCAAAUCAGACAGCGUGCCUAGUGCGGAUCCAACGAAAUCUGUCUUAACGUUCGGUGCUGCAUCUAACAGUAAGCCUUCAUUUUCAUUCGGAAGCUCUACCGGAGGACCUAUACCGUUUGGAACAUCACAAGCAACAGCGCCAAUGUUGAACCUCACUAAAGAGAAAGAUCCAGAACCGAAGAAGGACGAUAAACCUAAGGAGGAAGUCAAGAAAAUUGAUUCUUUACCUUCCAGUUCUGCAGGAACCAGUUCUUCAGAAGAAGGAACUAAAACAUCUUUCCCAGCAUUGACUAAUUUGCUUAAGAAAGUGGAUUCAACCACAGGUGACACUUCCAAACCGCAAAGCAUUUUUGGAACAACCACUAAAACAACGGCCUCCACUAUAUUCGGUAAUUCUACGGCAACUAUUGCCCCUGGGACAGGACUUUUUGGGAGCAUAAAACCGACUUCAACAACUACUAUUACUUCCACUCCUAGUAGUGGACCUUUCUCUAGUUUCAACGUGGGUAGUGUAUCAUCAACCGAAGCUGUAACUACGACUACGGUUCUGACAACGACCAACACAGCUACAACAACCGUAACCGAAAGCACAUCAUCAGUUCCUUCGACAACUUCAGGCUUAUUCGGAUCUGUCAAACCAACCGUAACUACAUCUGCUGGCACAGGAUUUUCGUUCGGAGGAGCAGAAGGAAAUGGUUUCUCAUUUGCAGCUGCUUCCAAUAAACCCACCGAUCUGUCAACCAAAUCGGAACCCUCAACCAGUGAAGAAAACCCCAUAUUUGGCACUGUAAAUCAAGCUACGACUGCUCCGACUUCUCUGAUUACCACGACCACAUCUUCCACACCAGCUGUAACGCCUACUCCAGCGAAAGUUGUCACAACCACCGCCACGGCUACCAAUUCUUCCACCAUCUCUUUCGGUAUCCUCGCUCUGACAUCAUCAACUACCACCACCGCUUCCACCACGGCUCCCACAUCAACCACGGACAGCACCAAUCUCUUUGGAUCAUUAAAUAUAUGUUCCUCUACUACUCAAGCGACAGACAAACCUGCUGGAAACAUCUUCGGAAGUGGUUCAUUUACCACGUCAAAGACGGAAACUGCGUCGAUUUUUGGCGACAGCGCUUCAGGUGCUACCUCGGCUUUCGGAACAGCAACAGCAACCACUGAAACAUCCAAACCCACGUCCAUCUUCGGAUCAUCUGCUGCGGUUGUUACCGGUGCUAGCAGCACGGCAGGCACAGGUCUUUUCGGAUCGGUUGCUACCAACAGCGCUGCUUCAGGUGGAUCAAUCUUCGGAACAACUGGUGCAACAAGCUCUCCUUUUGGAAGCACUUCUGGAGGUACCGGUUUGUUCGGAUCAGUAGCCCCCAGCUCUCCACCUUCAAGUACCGGUUCAAUCUUCGGAGGCUCUACGGCAGGUACGCAACAACCAUCAAGUCCGUUUGGAGCAGCAGUAGCUCCAGCAACUACGGCCUCAAGCAUUUUCGGAAGCACGGGAGCCACUAGUGGGGGAGGCCUUUUCGGGUCUGUGACCAGCCCUUCGGCUGCGGGAGGAUCGAUCUUCGGUGGUGGUUCAGCUUUUGGAAGCACUACAGCGACAACGAAUACUAGUUCCGGAAACAUUUUCGGUGGAGGUGCCUCAACAGGCGGCUUCGGUGCAUCUACAUUUGGUCAGCCCAGUUCCCCACAAUCAGGACAAUCCAUUUUCGGGGGCACGGCUAGCAAUACUUCGGGAUUUGGAAGUAACAGUUUCGGAUCGCCCAGUCCUAGUGGUGGAGCGUUUAGUACUCCUACGGCCGGGAGCGUGACACAAAGUGGAUUCGGUUCGCCUGGUUCGUCUGCGUUUAAUAAGCCUGCCUUCGGAGGUACGUCAGCUUUCGGAGGAACACCAUCAUUCGGUGGAACACCCGCAUUCGGAGGAUCCGCCGUAUUCGGUGGUUCUCCGUCGUUUGGCAGUAAGCCAAUGUUCGGAGGCUCCAGUGGGUUUGGUCAACCUCCGUUGAGCCCGUCCAAUCAGUCGAACAACUUGUUUGAACAGCUGGGUUCGUCUUCGUCAGGCGUUUCGUUCGGAAAUUUGGCACAGCAGCAGGCGGAGAAGCCACCGCAGUUUGGUGGAUCUUCGUUCUCCAGCUGGCGGUAGAUCAUCAGAUGAAAAAAGGUUUAACGCACUUCCAAAGCAAUGGGAACUAAAGGGUUAGAUGCCGCCGGUAUCAUGUAUCCAAUACUAACAUCGAGAUUCGCCACACUGAUAUUGCUGACGAGAGACACUUUAUCCAAU